AUGGGUAACAUCUGCAGUUGCUGCGGAUGUGGCUCCUCGAGGAACGCAAACUACGAGCCUCUCUUGCUCGACAAUGAACGAGAUGCUGUAGCAGAUCUGCUUCAGUACCUUGAAAACCGUUCUGAGACCAACUUCUUCACCGGCGAUCCUUUGCGAGCAUUAUCGACCCUCUCUUUCAGUGACAAUGUGGAUCUGCAGAGGAGCGCAGCGCUCGCCUUUGCCGAAAUCACGGAAAAGGAGGUGCGCGAGGUGGGCCGAGACACGCUCGAACCCAUCAUGUUCCUCCUGCAAAGCCAUGACGUCGAAGUUCAACGCGCUGCUAGCGCUGCUCUCGGUAAUCUGGCUGUAAACGCCGAAAACAAGCUGCUCAUCGUCAAACUCGGCGGCCUCGAACCUCUGAUCCGCCAAAUGCUCAGCCCCAACGUCGAAGUGCAGUGCAACGCCGUCGGCUGCAUCACCAACCUCGCCACCCACGAUGACAACAAGACCAAGAUCGCAAAGUCUGGUGCGCUGGUGCCUCUGACGCGUCUCGCUCGUUCCAAGGACAUGCGUGUCCAGCGCAAUGCCACGGGCGCUCUGCUCAACAUGACACAUAGUGAUGAAAAUCGUCAGCAGCUCGUCAACGCCGGCGCGAUCCCAGUGCUGGUUGGCUUGCUCGGAAGCUCUGACACCGAUGUGCAGUAUUACUGCACCACCGCCCUCAGCAACAUUGCCGUCGACGCCGCAAACCGUAAGAAGCUCGCCCAGACCGAGCCUCGGCUGGUUCAGAACCUCAUCGGACUCAUGGAAAGCAGCUCGCUCAAGGUGCAGUGCCAAUCGGCGCUGGCACUUCGCAAUCUUGCUUCAGACGAAAAGUACCAGAUCGAGAUUGUGCGUUCCAACGGCUUGCCGCCUCUGUUGCGAUUGCUGCGAUCCACGUUCCUGCCGCUCAUCCUUUCCGCUGCCGCGUGCGUUCGAAACGUUUCCAUCCACCCGGCCAACGAGUCGCCCAUCAUUGACGCCGGAUUCCUCCACCCUCUCAUUGAUCUGCUCAGCCAUGAAGACAAUGAAGAGAUUCAGUGCCAUGCCAUCUCGACGUUGCGCAACCUGGCCGCUUCGAGCGAACGCAACAAGACGGCGAUUGUCGAGGCGGGCGCAGUGGAGCGCAUCAAGGAAUUGGUGCUCAACGUUCCUCUGAGCGUGCAGAGCGAGAUGACGGCGUGCGCGGCUGUGCUCGCGCUUUCGGAGGAUCUCAAGCCGCAGUUGCUCGAGAUGGGCAUUUGCGAAGUGCUCAUCCCGCUGACCGCUUCGCCUUCGGUGGAAGUGCAAGGUAACUCGGCGGCUGCGCUGGGUAACCUUUCGUCGAAAUCGGACGACUAUGGCCCAUUCAACGCGGUUUGGUCGCAACCCGAGGGUGGUUUGCACGGAUACCUGAUCCGAUUCCUGGAAUCUCAGGACUCAACGUUCCAGCACAUCGCCGUGUGGACGAUUGUGCAGCUGCUCGAGAGCGGCGAUGCUCAGUUGGAGGAACAUAUCCGUAGCUCGGAUCAGCUGCUGCCAUUGAUCCAGCACUGGCUUCGCUCUCGGCGGAUCAGAGUGCCGAGGAAGACAGGACUGAGGGCAGCGAUGACGGUACCGUGCCGAGGGCGAAACAGUUCCCAAUUGAGGAGGAUUCAGGAGAUGAUCCUCGAGCCUCAGCAGUAA